UCCUGUGUUACAUAACCUCAAAAUCUGCUCCGAACAGAUUGAUGACGCGAUCCCACGUGAGACAAUUAAUUAAAAAAAAAAAAAAACUAAUUUAUUUAUGUCGUUAAGAAAAAAUUAUUGUGAUCGAUUCAUGCAGAAGCCAAUUGUUGCAGCUACAUAGGCUACAUAACUAAUUCAUGUACUUACGGCGGAAGUAUUUAACGCUGCAUUUAAUAUGAUUAGGCUGUCCCGAUUAGCGCGAAUUGCCUCUCAUUUAUCGCGAGUGAGAUUACGCUGCUCGUCGAGUAGCUUGGAAAAUAAAACGGAUCUGUACCGUCAAAUGUACGCGAAAAUAUUGGCAUGCGGUCCCAUAACACUUGCCGAGUACAUGAAGGAGAUCUUGAUCCAUCCCACUGCAGGUUAUUAUACAACUAGAGAUGUUUUCGGACGAAGGGGCGAUUUCACAACUUCUCCAGAAAUCAGUCAACUUUUUGGAGAGAUUAUAGCAGUUUGGAUAAUCAACGAAUGGAGAAAGAUUAGCAGGGAUCCUAUCCAACUUGUGGAACUCGGUCCAGGAAGAGGCACUUUAAUCAACGACAUCCUACGGGUUUUCAAGAAACUGAAUCUUUCAAAUGAGAUAUCGAUUCAUUUGGUGGAAAUUAGUCCCACUUUAUCCGCGAUUCAAGCGAAAAAAUUGUGCACGGAAAGCAGAGACAUCGAGCCAAGAGUGAACGAGGAUCGAAAGAAUUCUGUCACACAUUACAGAGAGGGUAUUACGAAAGACGGCGUGAAGAUAUAUUGGUAUUAUUCUGUUAACGACGUUCCUAGAAAGUUUAGCGUUUUCAUUGCACAGGAGUUCUUCGAUGCUCUGCCCAUACACAAGUUUCAGAAAACUGACAAAGGUUGGAGAGAGAUCUUAAUAGAUAUAGUGCAAGAAUCAAAGGAGGAAAGAUUUCGAUACGUACUUUCGCAAGUGCCAACGGCUGCUUGUAAAGUAUAUCUCUCUCCGCACGAGAAAAGAGAUCAUGUAGAAGUGAGUCCACAAUGUUCUGUAAUAACGGACUACAUGUCUCAAUUUUUAUGGGAACACGGAGGAUUCGCGCUGGUAAUAGAUUAUGGCCACGAGAGAGAGAAAACUGACACAUUUCGCGCGUUUUGCCAACACAAACUACACGAUCCUUUAUUAAACCCUGGAACCGCAGAUUUGACUGCGGAUAUUGACUUUUUAUCAAUAAAAGAGAUCGCACAGAAAGACAAUAGAUUAAUUACGUUCGGUCCGGUGACACAAAGAAAAUUUCUGAAGGCUCUUGGCAUCGAUGUGCGAUUAAAAAUGAUUUUACGGAAUGCUACUAGCACACAAAAGGAACAAGUUGAAUCGGGAUAUCAUAUGAUAACCGAUGAAGACAAAAUGGGCAAUUGUUUCAAAGUAAUGUCUCUCUUUCCUUUUGUCUUGAAAGAUCAUCUGACAAAAUGGCCUGUAGCGGGAUUCGAGAAUAAAAGCGAAACCAAAUCUUAACAUUGAACAUUUAUGUUCCAAUAAAUAUGGAAAGAAACAGAAAUUAUAUUUAAGUAUAUAUAUAUUUUUUUCUUUAAAUAUUAAUGAUUUAUCUAAUGACACGUGUACAGUAAAUAUACAGCAUUGAUUAAUGCUACACAAAAAAAAAUAAAAUAAAUUUAAAAUGUGAAAA